UCUUAGGAUAUAAAAUGGACAUAGACAAUCAGAGUGAGGACGGUGAGAUAAAAAAAAGCCCGAUGAAAGAUAUUGACGAGUUUAGUUUCUCAGAGGAAGAAGGCGGUGAUACCGCAGACUCAUUGGAUAUAAAACCGCCACAAGCAGCAUUGCGUUUACGGAAAUCAAAUUCCUCUAGAAGACGUGAUAAGCAUGGGGAGAGACGCGAUAGGCGCGAUGACAAAGAUCGCAAGUCGCGGCACCACGACCGCGAGGAUCGACGCAGAGAAAAUAAACACAGGCAUCGCAGACACGGUGUGGAGUCUGCCUCUGACGGCGGUGGCGGUUCUAAGAGGGAUCGCGACAGAUUAGAACGAACUGACAGACUGGACACUCACUCUCGCAGUGCUGCUGCUAGUGAUAGAGAGUCUUCUAGAUAUGAGAGGAAGGAAAGAAACACUGGAGAUCGUGUCCUUGAGGACUUACGUACUAGGAACUUGGUUUCAAGAUUACUGGACAAACGACGUGAGCGACGAGAUGAUUCAAGAGAUUUACGUGAAUAUAAAUCUGAAUCGAGGCGCGAGUUGCGGUUAGAGGAUUCGCGGGACUCGCGAGAUCGUCGGGAUAUGAGAAUGGAGGACUCGCGGGAGAGACGGAGCGACAUGAGGAUGAUGAUGGAUGACGGGCGGGGAACCGUUGACCGCCGCGACCUUCGAAUGGACGACAGGCGGCAUGUCCAGGGCAUGGAUGAUUCCUCGUAUACCGAAAACGAGCUGAUGGAGGAGCGAUCGAAUAGAGAGAAAAGGCACAAGCGGAACCACAAGUACGACAGGGCACGCGACCGGGAUAGAGAAAAAAAUGAACGGGAGCGUGAGCACCGCGAGAAGCAAAUGCGCGAAUCGAUGAUGGAGGGAAUACAGAUCAAUGAUAUAGAAGAUUUAGAAAUCAGUGAUCUGCCGAUACAGACUAAGGACAUGAAGGAAAUUAACGAGCAGGAGAUGCGCAAGGAGAGGUAUCUUAAAUUACUUGAAGCGGAUCGAGAAAUGGUGAGGAGGAAAGAAGUUUCUAGGAUGGAAUUGCAAGCGAGGAGGCUGAAGAGAGGAGAAAAACGUCCACAUAGUCCUGAUCAUGAUCAUGAUGAGGUCGUUGAGUUGACUGACGAGAGUCUGAGUCCUGUGCAGUCAGAUGAUGAUCGAUCUAAAUCUCCAAAAUCUCCGAGCAGACAAUCGUCAGAAGAUCGUCAUAGUGGGCAAGAUAAAUCCUCGGACAGACACACGUCGGAUUCGUCGGACUCGAGUAGUGACGAGGAUGAUGACUCAAAUGAUUCUAACAAAGGCUCUAAUGACGAAUCGAAUGACGGGUCUGAUUACUACAACAAUCCUAGUCCCUUGUCUGUCGAGCGGCUCACCAAAUCUGACCACUCUGACGGCGGCUCUCCGGGUCAUAUUGAGUCAAACGGCACCACCAAAGAACCUGAAGAGGUAAAGGAAGAAGUUAAAGAAGAAAAAGCGCCUGAAUUACCUCCAUACUUACCUGCGAUUCAAGGCUGUCGCAGUGUCGAAGAAUUCCAGUGUCUUAAUCGUAUUGAAGAGGGAACUUACGGUGUCGUUUAUAGAGCGCGAGAUAAACGUACUGAGGAAAUUGUCGCCUUGAAGAGAUUAAAAAUGGAGAAGGAAAAGGAAGGAUUUCCCAUCACUAGUUUGAGGGAAAUAAAUACGCUUCUGAAAGCGCAGCACCCGAAUAUCGUUACCGUCCGAGAGAUCGUUGUCGGCAGCAAUAUGGACAAGAUAUUCAUCGUUAUGGACUAUGUGGAGCAUGACUUGAAGUCUCUGAUGGAGACGAUGAAGCAGAAGAAACAAAAUUUUUUACCCAGUGAAGUAAAGUGUCUCAUGCAACAAUUAUUGAAAGCGGUGGCGCAUUUACACGACAAUUGGAUACUCCACCGCGAUUUAAAAACUUCUAAUUUGCUACUGAGUCAUCGGGGAAUUUUGAAAGUCGGGGACUUUGGAUUGGCGCGCGAAUAUGGAUCACCAUUACGUCAAUACACGCCAGUAGUCGUGACUUUGUGGUACCGCGCACCAGAAUUGUUACUUAACGGCAAAGAAUACAGCACGCCGAUCGAUUUGUGGUCCGUGGGCUGCAUAUUCGCCGAAUUGAUACGCAUGGAAGCUCUAUUCCCCGGAAAAUCGGAGAUCGAUCAGCUACAAAAAAUAUUCAAAGAACUAGGAACUCCAAACGACCGCAUUUGGCCCGGCUACUCAAAGCUACCAGUCGUAUCAAAAAUUCCUUUCGCUCAAUCGUACCCAGUCAACAAUUUGCGCCAACGAUUUAGCCUAAAAUUAUCCGACAAUGGAAUUGAAUUAUUGAACAAAAUGUUGACCUACGACCCGGCGCAACGCAUCACUGCCGAAGACUCGCUGCAGCAUCCGUACUUUACUGAGACUCCAUUGCCAAUAGACCCCGCGAUGUUUCCAACCUGGCCCGCCAAGUCCGAGCUCGGCGUCAGAGUGACCACCAACGCCUCCCCCAAACCUCCAAGUGGCGGCAAAGAGUACAAACAACUCGGCGACAACGACGAGGCGGAAAUAAAUUCAUCCACUGGCUUCCACAUGGGACAAAUGGAAAGUGGACGCGGAGCUGCACCUGUCGGGUUUCAUCUCAAGUUCUGAUCCUCUCCAAUAGGGCAUCGACAUUCCAAUUUCAAUGGAAUACAGCGCGUCAAUAAGAUAUAUUAAUAUUAAUAUCAAUAUCAAUAUUAAUUAUCAAUGACCGCGUUAUUUUUCAUUUGAAAAAAAAAAAAAAAAAAAGAAAGAAAUUGACAGAACAAUGAAUUUAUGGACGUCUCAAUUUUACCGCGUACUUUAUUUUAUACUGAUUUCGAUUAUUUUUUAAUGACUAGUGAAAAAUAUAUCUAUACAGUGAACAGUUGAACAUAAAUUGAAUAAAACAAUGUAAAUAUACAUAGCUAAUUAACCUAUUAAUUAAUAAAUAAAUAAAUUUAUAAAAUAAUAUUAUUGUAAGAUACUUUUGAUAAAAGUAUCGUCUGUUGCAGUUAUAUGUGUAAUAUGU